CGUCACGGCAGCUGUUGGUUCUACUGACCAGAUUUAACCGAGGCUGGCGGAGGUGGUUUGUUUUACCGGAAACGUUUCACCGUUAGUUGAGCAGGAAAGAGCCAUCCAGCCCGCGAGGCUCAGCCAUGUUUCGGCCGGUUCUCCUGGUGGCUGCUGUGCUGAUUCUUUCAGCAGAAUCCUCGGUGCACGGCUCUCCGGAGAAGGUGCACGGCUCUGCUGGCGUCACCGUCGUUCUGCCCUGCACUUUCCCUCCCAACGACGUCUUCCCGACAGUGGAGUGGUCCAAGAAAGACCUGCAGUGGGGGAUCGUCUUCUUGUACCACGACAACUGCGAGGAUCACGAGAUGAAAAACCCAGCCUACGGUUUCCGGACGCAGCUCUUCAUGGGACUCAUGAAGGACGGGAACGCCUCGCUGAGGAUCGCUGACGUCCAGCAGGCGGACGCAGGAACGUACCGCUGCAUGAAGAAGUGGAAGAACAGCGACAGAAUCAUUACAGAGGUGGAGCUUGUUGUGGAAGCUGUUCCCGAGCCGAGGAUCACCGUCAUGCCUCUGGAGGGGGGAGGCGUUACUCUCGAGUGCGAGGCGACAUGCUGGGGGCCGAACCCGGAGAUCACCUUUCUGGACAAAUAUGGAGAAACCCUGCCUGCAGAUGAGCCCAGAAAAGAUUUCUCCAGAGGAUGUGACAGCGUGCACCGGAGAGUGACUCUGCAGGACGCUGCCGGCAGGUCCAGGGUCACAUGCAGAGUUCAGCAGGAGGAAACCAACGAGACCCGAGCGACGGAGCUCCUCCUUCCAGGCACAAAGAGAGUAAAGGCUGAUGUGGAGUCAGAGUCUUGUGUCCCCCCCGCUGUCUACACUGCAGUAGUGACUGUGCUUCUGUGUGGAUGUGGAGCUUUGGCCGUCUUACUGUGGAAGAAAUAUCACACAACUGCGGCUGGAGGGUCCUCGGGGGAACGUGCAGCUCACAGAACUCCUGAAGAUCUGGGUCUCCUGGAGAGGGUCAGUGUUGAAAAUGAAAACAUGGAAAAUGCCGCCAUUGAGAAGCUAAAAAAAGAAGUUUGUAAACUAGAGGAGGACAACUCUAAUCUGACGGACAGAUUGAAGGUCUUUCAAUUAAAGACUCACAAGCUGGACAAAACUAUCAGCACUCUGCGUAACUUCCUCAACCAGCCGCUCCGCUACCCUCCUGAAGCUGACAGCGUCCCCCUGAUAGUGGGAAACCUUUCCGAGGGAAACCUGCCCGAGGGCGGUGAGCCGCAGCUGAACAGCUACCUAAGGCAACGUGUUCCUGAAAGCUCUCCGCGUGGGAGGAACGGGAAAGAUGCAGAAACCUGUCUCCGGGUGAGUCCCGACCAGUCUCAGUUCUUCAGGUAUGACUCGUUCUCUCUGAGCUGCGAGGAUCGGCUGUACGGCACCGACUGGACGUUGAAGAGGAAAACAUCGGUUGGGGGCGUCCGGCCCUGCAGCUCCGGAUGGGGGACCACAGCGUUAGGGGCGAGCUGCGACGUGGGGACCCCCUACCCGUCCGACACCGGGGUUUACUGGUGCGAGUCCGGUGACGGGAGGAGGAGCAACAACAGCAUCAACAUCACCAUCACCGGUACUGAGCAGAAACCAGAGCAGGGGUCGGUUCAUUGCGCAAUACUCAUUUCUCCGUCCUCCACAGACCGCCCGGUGCUCCUGAAGUGUCCCACCCUCCCGGUGUUGGGGGGGUCGGACGCGACGCUGCGGUGUCAGGCGGAGACGUUUUCCUCCGAGCACACGUUUCACUUCCUGAAAGACGGCCGCUUAAUCAGCAGCAGCCUCACGGGAGAGAUGACCAUCCGCGGGGUUUCCCAGUCCGAUGAAGGACUUUACAGCUGCAGCAUCCGCCAGGUCGGGGAGUCCGUGGGCAGCUGGCUCUCUGUUGAAGGUUCUACUUCAGCUCCGACUACAGAUUGCUGUCUGGUUUCUGUUCCCCGGCUGAUGUGUCACCUGGUGGUGGGAACUCCUUUCCUGCUGUCCACCAUCUUACUGGUACUCAUUUACCGUGACAAGAACAGAGCUCGGACUGGCGCUGAGAGAAGAGGCAGCAAAGAAGUCAUCAUGGAAAUAGUUGUAAGAUCCUAACAAACCGGGAAACAUGGGGCUCUGCUCUACGUACACCACGGGAUUCAUGGAGAUCCGUUUUUAUCGCUAGUUCCUGAAGUAAACAUACUGUUUGGUGAACUUUGUGUAAUUUGUGCAUUAUGUCAAACAUUUCUUUUAUUUUGAAUAAAUGUAGUAAAAAGGA